CAGAGAAAAAUGCAGGGAUGAUUCAACCAGAAAGGGAAAAAUGGCCCCUAUAGUAUCAAUGGUCAUUUUACAACUGUUGAUUGGUAGUAGAGAACUGUUUGCAUUCGAGAAAAUUUCUCCUGAGAAACUGAAAUGGAAAGAUGCUAAGACUUUCUGCGCAAAUCAGAAUUCAGUGUUAACUGAUCCUGACGUCAUAACCAACAUCGAGGAAUACUGGACAGGAGCUUAUUACGCCCCGUCUCAAUGGAUCCAUAUCAUCGGCUGCUUUGAGGAUAGCUCUAUAAGAGCCGUAACUAAUCGUGGUUCUGUAAUGAAGAACAAUCCGAACAUUGGGCUUUGUCAGUUGAAAUGUUACCCGUUGGAGGCAUUUGCGGUGAAGUCCAAUAGAUGUCUUUGUUUGAAUGGUUUACCUCCAAAGGAAGGUUCUAGCUCAUCUAAUAAUUGCCCAAUUCAAUGCAAUGACACGCAUACAGACGUAUACCUACAAGACUGCGGGGGUGUUUCACACUACAAUGUCUAUAGAACAACCAGAACAGCAGAAAAAUACAAAAGCGAAUGCCAGGUGAUAAGGUGUGUCCAAAACAAAGAUGAAACAAUUCAACCUGUUUUCUGCUUAAGAGGAUUCAAAAAGACUUGUACGGAGCCGAGUAAGUAGAGAGUAAUAAUUAGA